AUGUCCUCCCGCUUCCUCUCCUCCUACACAGAGGACGUGGCCCUCCCCGCGAAGGACUUUGUCUACGAGCGGCCCAACACAAGCUACGAGUGGCGUCGCCACAAGGGCAUCGAUCUCACCGCAGACAUCUCCGGUGACCACCACUCCCACCCGCCGCCGACAUCGGCCUCUGCAUCUGCCUCUGCGGCCUCGCCCGCGCCGCCUACAUCUGGCGAACCCUUGCCCCAGCCCGGCCACAUCGCCGCUGGCGCUACGUCUGCAUCUGAUGCUCCUACUGCUCACACCGAUCACGCCCUCGAUACCACCCAAGACUCGCUGCGUGUAUAUGAUCCGAACCGGGCAGUCUCGAUCUACUCGUCAGACUUUGAGUCGGCCCUUGUGGCCGCUGCCGGCGAGCGGGAAGAGACCGCCCGCCGGCUCGCCGCCGGGCCUGACGCCGUCGAUCCGACCCACGCCCCGCCGCCGGUCCUUGCCAAACGAAACAAGGUUGAGCAGACUCGCCCGCCGCGCGAGCAUGAGGUUCUUUGCCCGCUUCCGGUGCGCUCCAUGUGCCAUCGCGAAUACGGCGAAUACGGCUACAAUCCCGUCGAGGCCAACCCGCGCCAUCCCAAGGAGAUCUCGCUUCGCUCCUCCAACGCCGACCUCGCCGCAGGCUCCACAAAAACAACCAACCACCUUCCGGGCUACACGGGCUUCCUCCCGGCCGAUCCGCACAACGUCCACGCUCGCCGCCAGGCUGUCGCUAACUGUCCGCGCAGGACCGAAAAGGCCUCGUCCACCCUCAACGUUGGCCGCGAGAUGGUGCCCGGUUACGCUGGCUACAGGCCGUCAUCUCCCUCUUUCAACGCCAACCGCUCCUUCCGUAUGUAUCGCCAGUCCGAAUACGCAGAUGCUUUUUACCGCAAGCCGGUCACCGCUGAUGACGUGGUCGAGCAGCGCAAGCAGCGUGAGCUCUUCUCUCGCGUUCUCAAUCCGUGGAACCACGCCUCAUUCAACAUCAGCUAG